GUGUUCUUAGCGGUGCUCUUAUGGAGUCUGAUCUGCCUUGGAAGCGCCAGCUGCAAGGCGAACCUUUGAAAGCAACCACAGCACGCAAGGCCUCACCUGGAGGAAACCAGCUGCUGCCCUUUUGGUGGGGAGUCCCCCUGCCUUCAGAGACCAUGGAAUGGAGAGCCCCCCAGGCAGAAGCCGGACAGCGGCCCUCUCUGUUGGGGAUGCUGCGGCUUUUUUCCUGCCCCGCCGAGGGGGCUGGACUGGGCGGCCUUCAAGACCCCUCCCAAGGCUUUGCUGCUGCGAGGCGCCACAAUUGGCGUGCUGCGGCUGCUGCUGGCUGUGGCUAACCUUUGGCAGAGAAGCCAGGCAACGCCCAAGGCGGGCUGCCGGAGCCCCUUUUCCUCUUAGCUCGGCUUGCUACUAUUUUGGUUCCUUCCAACUGGGCAGCAGCCGAUAAUCGCGGGUGGGGGCUCGGAUUUGCCUGGCGGGGCCGGCACGGCUCUCUCUCUCUCUCCUCCCCCUUUUCAGGCGCUUGUUUCUUCUUCCUCCUCCUCCUCCUCCUCCAGCCAGCACCAGACCCAGCCAGCCAGCCAUGGCGUUCCUCUUCUCCGCCCUCCGCGUGCUCCUGGGCCUUUUCUUCUGUGUCUGCGGGGCGAUCAAGCUCACCGAUCGCAUUUCGGGAGAAGCUCAUCAGCAGCUGAAAUCCCAGUUUGUCCAGUUUGCUGAUGCUUUCCCCCUGAAGGAGUUCGGCUACAAGCCAGAGCCAGGGCGGUACCUGGAGACAAUGGGUUGGAUAGAAGUGGUGGCCGGUUUGCUCUUAGCCUUUGGACCUCAGCUCCUACAGGAAAUCAGCAAUUUUGUUCUCACAAUCAUCAUGAUAGGUGCAAUCUACACCCUCUUGGUUCUGAAAGAGCCCAUAGCUAUGUGUGCUCCGGCAACCGUGUGCCUGGGCCUCUUGCUUCUCCUCAACAUCCGAGGAAGGGAGAGAUCUGCCAAGUCCAAAUUUGAGUGAGAGGAGCACCUAGAGUUCUUCCUCCUUCUUUCCCAGCCCCUUAACACUUGCUGAUGGGAUAAAUUGGGUCCAGGGAUGACUGAUCAGUGAUCCAGGAGGGCUUUUGGCUGGUGAGAUUUCUUGUGGUGGUCAAUCAAAAUGAUGUGUCCAAAUUACCCAUUCUGUCUAUCAAGUUGCCAUUUCUUGGCCUAUAGAGAGGCAUUGCAUACCACGCUAACCCAACCAGAUCAGCCUGUUUCACAGUAUGGGUCAAGAGGAAACAGGGGAUCAUUUUCCUUUUCCAACCCAGAGGACCAGUCCUCCAAAACAGAACUCUGAAAACAACAACUGCACAAGAUAAUUGCUCCUUGGACCAACCUAGAGUGAGCCAUUUCUGUGGGGUUUGUUGGUAGGUGCCCAAGAAUUUUGGCAGCCUAAAUUUCAACCUCUUCUACCCUUUAAAAUGCCUCGUAUUUUUUUACAUUUCAGGUAUAUGGAAGUUUUAAAAAACAAAACAAAACUGUAAAAGUAUUGUAGCCUCCCUGAAGGAUUCCUAGAAAAUGUUCUCUAAGAAGCACUGGGUUUUACACAGCUUGUUAUCCCAGGAUAAGAACUUCUGAAUUCAUUCCAAGCUCUGCUUUUUGUAUGCACAGUUGAGGUCUAAGAGGAGUCAGUAAACCCUUGUGAGCUCCUUAGCUCUCGACUCGCCUCUCUUCCAUUACCUUGCUUAAGUGAGUGGCAGCAGGUGUUGUGAUCUUGGGUAGGUGUUCAGAGCUCUGUAGAAAAACAUCUUGACCUUCAACUAUCUUGGCUGUGUAGACAGGGCUUGUUAUCUGGGGCAAGCAGCUAUGUGGAACCAACCUUUGCAAUGUGAUGGUAUAAGUUAACAGUGGCUAACUGGUCAGCAGCACCUUCUCCCGAAUGAACUUUCCAGCCAGCUGGCAGUAGUCAGAGUCCCUUGCCUCUAGAGAUUAGGCAGGUGGCAACUGGCAUGAAGCCUUUUUUGUGGUUGCACCCCAAUUGUGAAUUCCCUAAGUAUCUUCUCACUUGGUGCCAUUUCUGUGAGAUUUAGUCGCAUUAUGUUUGCCCGAGCUUUGGGUGGUAUUUCUGCCUGUUCAGUGAAGUAUUUUAUUGCUGGCUUUUCUGCUGUUUUGAUUGGCUGAUGUAUACCUUGUACAGUAUUUUGUCACUUUUGUUGGAAUCUUCUUGGCGAUUAAUGCUGAUGGUUUCCAUGGUGUUUUAAUCUGUUGAUUUCGAUAUGGUUUCAAGCGUCUCUUGCUUUUGUGGGCUGUGUAAGCCGCCCUGAAGGCUAACGGGUGUGGAAGAGCAAGGUUGAAGCCUUUGAAAUACCAUGUGUAUCAGAGCUGGCCACUGGUGGGUGUGUCUAGGCUUGUGUCCAAUAUUCCCUCUAACAUUUGUUUGAUGUCCAUUCAGUUCAUUUUAGAUCCCGCUCAGGUUGAAUCAGGAAGGCUCCAUUCUGAAUGCAGGUAUGCACACACUGCCUUGAUACUGCCGCCCAGAACAAAACUCAUUCCGUACACUGAUGAAAAAGGUUAGAGGGGACACAGCUUGUGUCAUGAUAUUAUAUGGCUCCUAAAGCCCAUUACCGUGACAAGGGAAGGAGAGAUCCCUCUUAUCCAAGAGAAGAAGAGGCCCCCGUUUGUCUCUUCCACUCAAGUCAGCAACUGAGUCUCUUUUGUUCUCUCUUCUCACUAAUCAGGUGGAGGUGAGUACAUGCUGUCUUGCAAGACUCUGCUGCUAUUACCAAUAUUUAUAUAUUACUUUUCGACAAAAGUUCUCAAAGGAGUUUAAACAGAAAAAUAAAUAAGAAGGCUCCCUAUCCUAAAAGGGCUUGCUAUUUUUUAAAAUGCUUUUGGGCUUGUUCUCUAUCCCAGAAGGGUUCACAAUCUAAACAAAUUAGGAGGAUUAGUUAUUCUCCACUCGGAAUAUUUCAGGGCAAUUAACUUUUCCUUCUGAGACAUGCACUGCCCCCUUGGACUACCAGCCUGACAAAAGAGCCAAGAGACUAGUAGCCAUUUCCUAAUCUGCAACAGCACCCUUAUACUACGAAUAUGUAUAUGAAUAAAGUUUAUAUAGAUCUGGGUAUGUAGUAUUUCAAUGGACAGAUAUACCUCUCAGAUACUAGAACUUUUGACAAUUAGUAUUGGAACAUGUUAAGAAAUUAUGUGGGGCAUAUAUUAUGUAUCUGGGCCAAACAAAACUUAAUUCAAAGCAGCCAUAUUAUUCUACCCUAUACUAGGAGACCCAUUCCAUCUGGAUUUUCUCUAAAACUUUGAUAUAGGAAUGUGUCUUGACACAAUGUGACCCCUUAGCUUCUGAGGUUGUUUAAAAAAAAAAAAAAAACACCAUCAAGAAGUUUGAGCUUGAACCACAGCAAAAGUAAGGGAAAUGACCUCUUAGAAAUAUGGGGCUUUUAUGUGCCUUGAGUUCCUUGGGAUAAGUAACUGUGUCACCACUAGCAUGUUUGCAGAAUGAGUGGAAUAUUCACUGCAGCACUAAAAAAGAGUAGAGGGAAUGUGGCAGAAACCUUUGGGAAUGUUUGGAUUUACCUUUAAAACCACAAUAAGUCUACUUCCACAGUACCUGCACAAAGCCCUCACUGGAAGGACUUUGCCAUUCCUGUGAGGAUUAAACUCUGUGUGUACUUUAGAGCUAAAAAAUAAAAAUUCCACCAUCACUGCCCCCAAAUAGAAUUCUGUGGCCUGUAUAAAUAAUGCAAAUUGGUUCUCCAUGUGCUUCAGGUGUCCCAGGGGCUAGAAAUGUGAUUUUUCUCAAACACAACUGAACUUGGAGAUUCCCUAGAAAGUGAAUUCUAUAUAUAGUGCCACAGGCCCCUUUGGGAUCUGUCCAGUCUCCGAGAAGAAUGAAAAUAAGUUGACGACGAAGAGGCAGCUGUUGAAGUGGACACCACACUCAGCAACCUCUGCUUGGGAGAACAGAAUAAUUCACUCUCAAUUCCAAGGACAUCCGUACUUGGCUGUUCAGUGACCUUGGCAUGCUUGGAACUUGACAUCAAAUUGCAGCUGAUGCAGGUGAACCCUACAGCAGUCGAGGCCAGUUCUGCCAAAAAACUGGCAGCAAAAGACUACAUGGAAUGAAUGCCAUUGUGGUGAAAUGGUUGGACUCAGAAGCCAGGUUCAAAUUCCCACUCAGCACGAAGCUCAUUUGGUAACCUUGAGGAAGUUACCAUCUUUUGGCCAAACCUACCUCACAGGGUUGUUGUGAGGGUAAAGUGGUGGUAGAAAUAACUUUGUACACUGCCCUGAGCUCCUUAAGGAAAGGAUGGGAUUACAAUGUAAUUAACAGAUAAAUAAAUGGAAAAUUGAUUAUUUAGACAAAA